GACCCGACCUCCGCGGGGCCAGGGGGACGCUGGUGCCUCCGAGCAAGGCUGUCAGCCCCGCGGGGGGGAGCCGGGGGCGGGGGAGGCCGGGCCCUGCCGGGGUCACUGCGGCGCCGCUUCCCCUUAGCCCGGGCUGCUCCGCGCAUAGUUUCCACUGGGGUCUGUGCAGGCGGGAGGUGACUGCCCUCGGCCUGUGUCCUGCACACGUCAGCCCUGGGGCUGCCAAGGGCCUGAGGCGCCCGGCUGGGCUAGGGGCCUGCCCGGACCCCCGAGGGACCCCUGGGUCGGGUGCAGCAGGGGUCGGGCGUUCAGAGGGCGGGAGCUGCCCUCUGGACUAGAGGAUUUCCGAUUCUUUUUUCUUUUUUUAAGAUUUUAUUUAUUCAUGAGACACACAGAGAGAGGAGCAGAGACAGGCAGAGGGAGGAGCAGGCUCCAUGCGGGGAGCCCGAGGCGGGACUCGGUCCUGGGACCCGGGGGUCACGCCCUGGGCCGAAGGCAGACGCUCCACCACGGAGCCCCCGGGUGUCCUGAGGAUUCCGGAUUCUGUCUUGGGUCGGGAGCAGCCCUCCUGGAGCUGGGCCCUCGGGCAGCAAUUUUGAUGAGGGAGGUGGAACCUCCCCUGGGGGGCUUCUGCCGGGCGCAGCCUCGCCUCCUUCCCGCUCCGGGCCAAGAGCACCUGUGGCUCACUUUCCUCACUCCCAGCUUCUUCGUGGAGAAGGGCCUCCGGGAAGCGCGGCGGGGAGGGGGGGACACGGGGUCGAUGCCUCUGGAAGGAGGGGCCCUUGGGUCGUGGCGCCCUCCGACUGCCCUUGGACAGAAACCCAGAUCCCCGCCUGGGCCCAAGGCCCCUCAAGCGUGGCCUCUGCUGGCCCCUUCCGUGUUACCUCCUGCACCUCGCUCCUUCCUCUGUGGCCGCGCCACGGCUCUGGAGCUGUUCCCAAGGCCCAAAACAUUCUCCCCCCCUCUCCGGGCUUUGCAGGACUGGCUCUUCCCGUUCCGCCAGGUCGAGUUCUUGAACACUUGAGACGUGUGAUGUCGACACGGACGCUGUCACAUACCGUUUGGCAGGUUGCUUUUUCCGCUCGGCCUGUGACGUCUGUGCUCACUCCGUCUUGAGCCGCGUGGACUGGGCCGCCGGCGACGAUGGUGGAUUACCUGGCCAACACGGAGAUCAACAGCCAGCGCAUCGCCGCGGUGGAGAGCUGCUUCGGGGCGUCGGGGCAGCCGCUGGCGCUGCCGGGCCGCGUGCUGCUGGGCGAGGGCGUGCUCACCAAGGAGUGCCGCAAGAAGGCCAAGCCGCGCAUCUUCUUCCUCUUCAACGACAUCCUGGUGUACGGCAGCAUCGUGCUCAGCAAGCGCAAGUACCGCGGCCAGCACAUCAUCCCGCUGGAGGAGGUGACGCUCGAGCCGCUGCCCGAGACCCUGCAGGCCAAGAACCGCUGGAUGAUCAAGACGGCCAAGAAGUCGUUCGUGGUGUCGGCCGCCUCCACCACGGAGCGCCAGGAGUGGAUCAGCCACAUCGAGGAGUGUGUGCGGCGGCAGCUGCUGGCCACGGGCCGCCCGCCCAGCACGGAGCACGCGGCGCCCUGGAUCCCCGACAAGGCCACGGACAUCUGCAUGCGCUGCACGCAGACGCGCUUCUCCGCCCUCACGCGGCGCCACCACUGCCGCAAGUGCGGCUUCGUGGUCUGCGCCGAGUGCUCCCGGGAGCGCUUCCUGCUGCCGCGCCUGUCGCCCAAGCCCCUGCGGGUGUGCAGCCUCUGCUACCGCGAGCUGGCGGCACGGAAGCGCGAGGAGGAGGAGGAGGGGGGCGGGCCGGGCGGCGGGGGCGCCCCGGGGCAGCCGCGGGCCUACCUGGGGGGGGCCGAGUGCGGGGCCUCCAGUGGGGACGACGAGGACUCCGACGAGGACAAGGAGGGCGGAGGGGACGGCGACUGGCCCAGCCGCGUGGAGUUCUACGCCUCGGGCGUGUCCUGGUCAGCCUUCCAUGGCUGAGCGGCCGCCAGGCGGGCCCCCGGGUGCCCCGAGACGGCGGCGGGGCGCUGGGAUCAGGCCCCGGGGCCUUCGUGCCGGGCACGGGCACCCUCCUCUGGCGCCUCGGGGGAUUCCCUUUCGCCUUGGCCUCCUGGGAACUCGUGCCUUUUCUCACCUGCGGCCCCAGGUGACCCCUGGAGCCAGACAACGCCAGCACCUUCCAGGACCAGAGGGAAGACGGGACGGGAGGGGGCCGCUGAGGCCCUGCAGCCCUGCGCCUGCCUCCCAGACACGCACACCCGCGGGAGGGCCGGGGCCUUGGAGACCGGGUCGGCCCCCGCCCCUCGCGGUGCCCGUGCCCGCCUGGCUGGCCCCUCCCCGGCCCAGAGCCUGCCCUCCAGCCGUGGGGCCCGGCCUCCGGCCGCAUCUCGCCCCUGCCCGGGCGUCCAGGGCUCUGGCCCCCCUCAGUCCUGCCCUCAUCCGUCCCCGUGCCCGGGAAAGCAGCGUUCUCUGUUAGGACCCCUCCUGGCAAGUGACGGGACCCCUGCCCAGGCUCUGCCGUCACAAUAAAAAGAACGUUCAUUGA